GCUUGAGAUGAGUUUGAACUGGCAUUCAGAUGGGGACAAGUAAAGCAUACGAGGACUGGAGGACUGAAGACAAGGAGACUAACAGACCAUCCUGAGGAACCUGAAAUGCAACAUGGAGGAAACACGGUGGAGCAUGAACUUCUCAAACCUUGAUCUUCUACCAGCCAUUACGUUCAGCAGUCACCAGCUUUCUCUUGUGAUUAUGGCCAGAGAAUUCUCACAGAAGCAGUGUUAGGUCAAGGAAGAGAGAAGAAGCGGAAGAGUAGAGGCUCUGGCCAUGCGUGGCAGGCUCUAUGACCUCUUCCUGGUCAAUGUGUUGACGUGUGGGCUGGAGAUAUGCAUGGCCACUGGAACCAUCUACAUCCCUCCCAUGCUGCUGGAGGCUGGGAUGGAGGAGCGCUUCAUGACCAUGGUGCUGGCCGUCGGGCCUGUACUGGGGUUAAUAUUCAUUCCACCUAUCGGCUCGGCGAGUGACAGCUGGAGCAGUCGUUAUGGACGCCGGCGUCCUUUUAUCUGGGCCUUGUGCGUUGGUGUGCUGCUUGGACUUGUGGUCAUUCCCCAUGCUCCCCAAAUCGCUGCUCUUUUUUCUACACAGCACCACCAGUGGCUGGAGGUCCUGCUCCUGGUCGUUGCUAUCUGCGUCAUGCAGUUCUGCGGACAGGCCUGCUUCACCCCUGUGGAGGCCCUGGUGUCGGACCUCUACCCUGGAGAGGAGGAGAGCCGUAGGGCUUUCUCCGUCUACUCCCUGAUGCUCAGCCUGGGUGGCUGUGUGGGCUACCUGCUGCCUGCUGUGGACUGGAGCACCCUGGGUGCCACGGCCUACCUGGGAGGCCAAGAGGCCUUCAUUUAUUCUCUCCUCAUCGUCAUUUUCCUCAUCUGCCUGAUGACCACAACCUUCAUCUCAGAGGAACAGACAGCAGGGCUUGGAGGAGGUGGGCUAGAGGUGUCCAGGAGAGUUCCAAGCUUGUGGAGCUUCUGCAGUUGGCCGCGCCGAUUGUUCUCAUUGACUCAGCUCCUGAGGCGGACCCUGACUAGCCUCCUGUCUGUGGUGCCGAGGUUCUAUUCGCUGUGCAGCAACAUGCCUGCGGUCAUUGCAAGGCUGUUUGUGGCUGAGCUGUGCAGCUGGAUGGCUCUUAUGACUUUUGUGCUGUUCUACACAGACUUUGUCGGGGAAGGCUUGUAUAACGGAGUACCAAGUGCUAAGCCUGGUUCCCCGGAGAGGAUCCGCUAUGAGGAAGGUGUGCGAGUGGCCAGUCUAGGCUUGUUCCUGCAGUGUGUGGCGUCAGUGGGCUUCUCUCUGCUGAUGGAGCGCAUGGUGGCGUGCGUAGGUGCGCGAGCGCUCUACGUGAGCAGCGUGGCACUGCUUGCGUUGACCACGGCAGUGAUGACCGUGUCUCACAAUGUCGUUCUGGUCACUGUGAUGGCCGCUGCGUCAGGAUACACCUUCUGCACUCUGCAGGUCCUGCCUUACACGCUCACCUGUCUCUACCACUCAGACAAGCAGGUGUUCUUCUCCAGCAGCAGAGUCAAGCUCCCAACCAGUAGGGAUGAGCUGGAAAAGCUUAAGUUGGCUCAAAUGCAGCUUUCCACUAAGUACCGCAGCACUAACGGGUGCGCCAAUGGACACCCAGCAAACAUGCAUAGCAAACCCACUGUGUCAACAUCACUUAAUCUUCACGUGACCCUGCCCGUGGACACCUCCCCCACAUCCUCCCAGCCACCUAGGGGCAUGUGUCUGGACAUAGCCAUACUGGACAGUGCCUAUCUGCUCUCGCAGGUGGUGCCUUCCCUCUUCAUGGGAUCCAUUGUACAGCUUUUCCAUAGUGUGACCAUCUACAUGGCCUGCGCUUCUGUCCUCAGCCUGCUGGCCGUUUAUUUCGCAAGCAAGAUUGUCUUUGACAGGGCGGACAUGGAAAUGCUGCAGUGACUGCAUAAAGCUAGUUUUAUUUAUUGAAGUGUUUAAGAUGUGGAGAAGGUAAUGUGGGUCAAGUGCAUUUUUCAGAGUGCAUUUCAGGGUUUUUUUAAGCCUAAUCUCUAUCUAGUCACAUCUAUAGCAUGAUACUGAUUACUACAAUUUCCCUAUAAUUAGAAAGGAACAGAAAAAAUGUGCUUACUAUAUAAUAGUAUAGUGGGCAGUUGCUCCAGCAGGGUGUUUUGCAUUAUCAAGGGGUUUCUAGUAAUACAUUUCACACACUGUAUGCUCCAGAUGUGGCUUAUAAAGAUUAGAUUGAAUAUUAUGUCAUAAAAACCUGUUUAAUACUUUUCUUUAAACUCUUUGAAGUGUCUCAGAUGUGUACAAGACCAAAAUGAUUCUAUGUGCCUAUGAAAAAAAAGGGAACGUUUGAAAAAGGGGGAAAGGAAUAAUGAAAAGAAUGAUGACUGUGCAUGUCAUGUUGUGUGACCACAUUUCUUCUGACUGACACACCACCUUUCCCGCGAAAUACGCCGGAUACUUGCGCAUUAAAUAGAAAGGGUACAGGUGUGUGCUCUUGGAGCCAGAUGGGUGUUUAAAAGAACCAUGAUAUACAGUUGUAUGCAAACGUUUGGGCAACACUGGUCAUUAAUACGUCCUCUACAUGGAACACACUUACACUUCCGCACGUUUUAAUGCACUAUUACUGUUAAUUUGCUGAAUUUAACAUAUUGGAAGAAAAAACAUAAAAUGUGGUCUGUGCAAAAGUUAUGGCACAUUGUGUUAUUUUUUCCAAUAUGUUCAACUCAGGGCGGCAUGGAAGCGCAGUGGGUAGUGCUGUCGCUAGGCUGGGUUCGAUUCCCCGGCCAGGCGACCAGGCUCUCCCAGUGUCUGCAUGGUUUCCUCCCACAGUCCAAAGACAUGCGGUCAGACCACUUGGACAUGCUAGAUUGCCCCUAUGUGUGGGUGUAAAUGUAUAUGUCUGUGUGUCUGCCCUGUGAUAGACUGGUGACCUGUCCAGGGUGCAUCCUGCCUUCCACCCAAUGACUGCUGGGAUAGGUUCCAGCUCCCCCCCCGCAACCCAGAAGGAUAAGCGGCUUAGAUAAGUGUGUUCAACUCAGCAAACAGCCACUGUGUACUAAAACAUGGAGAAAAAUGUUAUAUUUAAGUUUGUUAAAUUUAAGUUUAGCUGGAGAGAAGUUAUGGAAUAAGUGAACUUAAGUACCUAAAGCUUCUCCUCGUUCCAGUCGAACGGCCAGUAAAUUCCCAUGUCUACCUUCUGGUUCCUGAGAUCCACUCCAUCUCCUCCCUGUUCCUCAGUCCUAUAUCAGUUCUACCACAGUUCAAAAAGGUGGGGUCUGGGCUUCUAGCCCCUAUCAGAAGCUGCCCAGAACUCCAGCCUGUUCUCAGGAGUUCUCUGCCCUCUUAAAAUCAGCCUCUCCUCAUGCUGCCACAAUAUGUUGGAGGCAAAGUCUAAACUUGGAGUUUUUCACUCAGAAAACCAACAAAACGUACAUUUGCGUAUAACUGUUUGUAAAUAAAUUACAGGGAAAAUGGGUGGGAAAUGCCCCCCGAAGAACAAAUGGAGCUGAACCAUAUCUGUACAUGAGCUUAGCAAGUCCUUUCACCUUGUAAGGAAAAAAACCCCAUCAUCAUCCCAUCCAUGAUCGUAUAUUUUUUAAUAACUUUUUUGAGCAACGUACUAUAAAUGCAUAGCGCAUUAUUAUCUUGUGGCAUUAGAUCAACUGAAAGGUUUCCAGGGGAAUUAAUCCCAGGAAUGCAGUGAUCCUGAGGAAAUUUCAGAAUCAAUUAGGCCACAGGCAUUCAGUAUGUGUGGUGAGAUUAGAUGUGGGCUGAUCAUUUGAUCAAGAGAGAAAAUAAGAUGGGGGGGGUUUUACUCCGGGGGGUGGCUUCUUCCUCCAUGAUAUUGUUCUAAAUGUUGGCCCUAUCACUGGGACAUUGUGAGUUUGAUAACCAGUGAUUCCACAGCCGUACGUAACCAGGUGUCCAAGAAGGCAUAGCUGGCCUUGCUUUCUCUGGGUGGGCCGGAUACCCCCCCUCAGAUCAACACAACAAAAUAUUAACCAUUAGUGUGUGAUGUAACUGAAUUGUCAGUUAGUGUUCUCCUCCAAGCGUGUUGAGCCAGCCAAUGAUGUCAUGUUAGCUUCACAUGACUUGGAGGAAGCAUAUACUAACCUUCAGAAGAGAAGUGGUUGGUGUAGUGUAGUGGGUAACACCUCUGCCUUCUACACUGUAGACUGGGGUUCAAUCCCUGCCUGCGUGAGCACCCUAUACUAUACCAAUAAGAGUC